GUUAUGAAGAUUGAAGUAGGAUUACCUGUACAAGAACUGGCUGAUGAUAACAACAACGUGAUAAUACCAAGUGAAAGGAAAAGAGGUUAACAUUAGUGAAGAAAAGAGGAAAAACGAAGAUUACAGAUGUUGAGAGAACUGAAAUGUGGUUUAAGUAGUUAGAUAAGGAGGAGUACAGUAAAGAGAAGGAAGAUGUGAGGAGAAGACAGAGUAAUGUGAAGGAAUGAAGAAAUCUUUAGUAAACUUUAUAUAUAACAAAAUAUAGGAGAUCUUAACAUGGCCAAUAUAGGAAAGCUCGGUGUGGAUGUAGUAAUUAACAACAUUGAGGAUAACCCAUUGUGUAUACAUGGCCCCACUCUACUAUUUGAAAGAUUCCAAAGCAACGGACAGAGCCGUCAGUUCUAUGCCUGCUCUGCUUGUCGGGACCGACGUGAUUGUGCAUUUUUCCACUGGGCAGAUCAGAAAAUAACAAGUAGUAAGAAAGAGUUGUGGGAUCAAGUGGUUAAGGAAUCCAGCCCUGUAAGGUCACACAAGGAAAGAUAUAAAUGUUUGGAAGAUAUAAAGGACUUGGCAGCUGCUGAUAGACGUUACUGUACUUCUUGUUCAACGUUAUUGAGGAAAAAUGAAAGGCAAGAUCAUAACUCAUGUGUUCUCAUCUCCCCCAUCACCAACAAGCAUCUCUGUUCUCCUUCAACGUUUUUGCCACCAAAGGAGAGUGCAAAGCUGGAAGCUCAGUAUCUCUUUGCAAGCAGCAGUGUUGACAUCAUUGUGGGUAUGCUACAGAACUUAAAGGCCUCAAGAGUUGUGUGUGUUGGUGCCCCACGCAUUCAUGAAGCCAUUACCAACAGUCCGCACCUCAACAUGUCCUCACUCAUGAUGGACAUUGAUGACAGAUAUUGUUCAUUCUUCUCACCUGAGCGCUUCAUCCGAUACAACAUGUUCAAUCAUCACUUUUUCGAUGGACAAAAGGCGAAGACCAUGUACCAAAAGUUCAUCUUGGGAUGUGAGAAUUUGGUAAUAGUUUCUGAUCCACCUUUUGGUGGUAGGAUGGAGUUGCUCGCUCAUAACUUAAACAAGAUCCAGGAGGAAUGGAAAAAAGCCUGUGGUGUACACUCUCAGACACAGCUGCCAGUGCUGUUCAUUUUCCCUUACUUCAUGGAGCCUCAGGUCAUCAGUAACUUGCCUAACUUCACGAUGCUCGACUACCAGGUGGACUAUGACAACCAUCCACUGUACUCAUCAGGACCAAAAGGCAUGAAAAAUGGUUCUGCUGUGCGAGUCUUUGUGAAUCGACCGCAGUCAAUGUUUCCGUUACCUGAGAGCGAGGGUUACCACUUUUGUCAACCUUGUGAUCGCUGGGUCAGCCUAAACAACAAGCACUGUAACGAGUGUAAUGGAUGUAUGUCUAAAGAUGGAAAGACUUACAAGCACUGUGACUUAUGCAAGAAGUGCGUCAAGCCAUCGUGGAUUCAUUGCUCAAAAUGUUCAAGGUGUCAGCCACAAGACCACAAAUGUCAUGCACAAGCUGGCCAGGUACUGACUUGUCAUAUGUGUGGACGCUCAGGACAUAAACGUAAGGACUGUCCAAAACGAAAAGAGGAGGUUGAUGUGGAAGAGCUUGUGAUGUCUCAUGAGCAGGAACUUACUCCUGAAGACUUGCAGCAACUGGAUGAGAUGUUAGAGGCUGACAGUGGUGAGGAGGAAAGGGAAAGUGAUGACCAUAUGUCUACUUCAGAUUUGAAAGAUGUUGUUCACUACUGGGAGAAGUUCAGAAAUCUGGCAUCAAGGCACCCUGAUGUGGAAGAAGCAGAACUUACUUUGUGUGAUGUUGAAGACACAGUGGUCUCCUUCUUCAAAAAUCAGUUAAUGAUGAGGAGGAGAAAUGCCCCACAAACAAAAAUUGGCAGUUUCUUCACUAAAAGGCAUCGGGAAAAUGAUGCUAGCCCUCAGCCUUCCACUUCAAGAAGGAGAGAGAAUGUUCCUGCUGGAGAAUCUGUCAGUCCAGAGGUUCCUGACAUUUUCAUGGAAGGUGACUCACCUUCCAAGAAGCAGUAA